AUGCAUGGUAACGAGUUUCUGGCAAGCGUCUUGACCCUUAUCCUCCGGAAACAACUCCUAGUCGAACGGCAUCUGCGUCGGGCAGGGUCGAGUAGACUUGAAGCUACCAUAAGCUGCAGGAAUGGUGCCGCCGGGCUCAAGGGGUGCGCGCAAGUCCGCGUGUGGACGUCUAGACACCCUGUUGAGUGA